GCGCAUGCAUGCCGCGGAUCGCGGCCGGCCACCCAACUAGACGCGCCGUACCGUAAAGGCAGAACACCGGUGCUCCCCCCCUUUGGCAACACGAAACGGACGCCAUGGCCGUGGCGACGAGCCGCCUUAGGCUCCUUUUGCUCGGCGCGGCCAUUGCAGCCUCAUUCGCCGCGGCCUCUGGCGCCGCGCUGGUGGGCGAGACGUGCGCCGCAUCGUCGGGCUGCGGCGCGGGGCUGCGCUGCACGAGCUGUACCCCUCCGCCGGGGACGGGACCCGCCGCCUGCGCGCGGACCACGCCCGUCGACCCCAAGACCCACGGGACGGAGCUGCCUUUCAACAACUACUCGUGGCUGACGACGCACAACUCAUUCGCCGUGGUGGGCACCAAGUCCCCCACCGGGUCGGCCAUCAUAGCGCCGCCCAACCAGGAGGACUCCGUCACCGCGCAGCUCAAGAAUGGCGUUCGGGGCCUGAUGCUGGACACCUACGACUUCAAUAACGACGUCUGGCUGUGCCACUCAUUCAACGGCAAAUGCUUAACCUUCACUGCCUACCAACCUGCCCUGAACGUGCUCAAGGAGAUCCAGGCGUUCCUGGAAUCAAACCCGUCGGAGGUGAUCACCAUCUUCCUGGAGGACUACACUGCCCCAGGGUCCCUGGGCAAGGUCUUCAACGCCGCCGGCCUGACCAAGUACUGGUUCCCGGUGGCCAAGAUGCCCAAGAACGGCGGCGACUGGCCGCCGCUCAAGGACAUGAUCAGCCAGGACCAGCGCCUCGUGGUCUUCACGUCCAAGCAGGGGAAGGAGGCGAGCGAAGGGCUCGCGCACGAGUGGAACUACGUCGUGGAAAGCCAAUAUGGGAGCGAGGGAUUGGUGCAGGGUAAGUGCCGCAACCGCGCGGAGUCUCGGCCCAUGGACUCCACGGCGCAGUCUCUGGUGCUCAUCAACUUCUUCACCACCAACCCCAGCCAGAGCUGGGCCUGCGGGAACAACUCAUCGCCGCUCGUCACCAGGCUCAAGACCUGCUACGACGCCUCCGCCAAGCGCUGGCCCAACUUCAUUGCCGUCGAUUUCUACAUGCGGAGCAACGGUGGUGGAGCUCCCCUGGCGACCGACGUGGCAAACGGCCGUCUCCACUGUGGCUGCGACAACAUAGCGUACUGCAAGGCUAACGCACCGUUCGGGACAUGUUCCAUGCCAUCGUCUCCUUCCCCAGUGGCGGCGGCGCCUUCUUCCAAGAGUUCACCGUCUCCUGCCCCGAUGGCGGAUGCGCCUCCAAAGAGUUCGCCUUCUCCCGGGCCAUCACCAGCGGCUCCGCCUAAAAAAAGUCGUUCACAGUCUCCUCGCCCGGCGGUGGCUGCGCGUGCGCCUCCCAAGAGUUUACCGUCUCCUCUUGCAGCGACGGCGCCUUCCAGGAGUCUAGAGGCGGAGGAGGUAGAUGAAGCCACCGCGACGUGGAGUUCAGGGGCGCCGGGCACUAGUAGUGCUGCUCCCUCCCAGUAUCAACAGUGGAGCUUCUUCUUUGGGCUUCUGGGAUCUCUUUUUCUAACCAGUACAGUAUUCUUGUCUUCAAGAGGACUCAAAACUUGAUAUACAUAUAUUCUCUAGCAUCCUCACGUCGUGGCCAAGAAAAGAAAGGAAAUAAAUCGAUCGAGGA